UAACAGUCGACUGGCCGUGAAGACUUCAGGGGACGAGGCCUACAGACUUUUUUUCCCCCUUUGCAGCAGAGGCUACUGUAAUUUUUUGUGGAUGUCUAACUAGUUUUCAGUGCCCGUUCUGACCGGGUGUGGACCGAUGAAGCAGUUUAUUGACUAGCUGAAGCUGAAACGGUCGCAAACAUUCGCCCGCUUGUUGACGCUACAGUUUUAGUGCCAGCGAGGAAGUGAGGAACGGAAAAAAAUGACAUCUCGGAGGUGGUUUCACCCCAACAUCUCAGGCGUGGAGGCUGAAAACCUCCUGCUGACUCGAGGAGUGGAUGGAAGCUUUUUAGCCAGACCCAGCAAAAGCAACCCUGGAGACUUUACCCUCUCAGUACGGCGAAAUGGAGCCGUCACCCACAUCAAGAUCCAAAACACAGGAGACUAUUAUGACCUGUACGGCGGGGAGAAGUUUGCCACUCUUGCUGAGCUGGUGCAGUAUUACAUGGAGCAUCAUGGGCAACUGAAAGAGAAGAAUGGAGAUGUCAUUGAGCUCAAGUAUCCACUCAACUGUGCGGAUCCUACAUCAGAAAGAUGGUUCCACGGACACCUGUCAGGCCGAGAUGCAGAAAAGCUCUUAACGGAGAAAGGCAAGAACGGCAGUUUCUUGGUGCGAGAGAGCCAGAGCCACCCUGGUGACUUUGUACUGUCGGUUCGCACCGGGGACGACAAGACGGACACCAAUGAUGGCAAACCCAAAGUUACUCAUGUCAUGAUCCGCUGCCAGGCUGAUCUGAAGUACGACGUGGGUGGAGGGGAGAAGUUUGACUCCCUCACAGACUUGGUGGAGCACUACAAGAAAAACCCCAUGGUGGAAACCCUUGGCACUGUCCUUCAGCUCAAACAGCCCCUCAACACGACUCGUAUUAACGCCGCAGAGAUUGAAAGUCGAGUUCGGGAGCUGAGUAAACUAGCGGAGGCCACAGACAAGGUCAAACAAGGCUUCUGGGAAGAGUUUGAGACUUUGCAGCAGCAAGAAUGCAAGCUGCUCUACAGUCGCAAAGAUGGUCAACGACCAGAAAACAAAAACAAGAACAGAUACAAGAACAUUUUGCCUUUCGAUCACACGCGCGUAGUUCUAAACGACGGAGACGCCAGCGAGGCAGGCUCUGACUACAUCAACGCCAACAUUAUCAUGGUAGUAUCUGCUCCGGAGGCGGACACAAAGUGCAACAACGCCAAGCCGAAGAAGAGCUACAUCGCCACUCAGGGCUGUUUGCAGAACACCAUCAGUGACUUUUGGCGGAUGGUUUUUCAGGAGAACUCUCGAGUCAUUGUUAUGACCACCAAAGAGGUGGAAAGAGGGAAGAGUAAGUGUGUGAAGUACUGGCCCGAGAUGUCAGCUCUGAAGGAGUACGGGGCCAUGCGUGUUCGCAAUGUCAGGGAGACAAACGCUCAUGACUAUAUUCUCAGAGAACUGAAGCUUUCCAAAGUUGGUCAGGGUAACACAGAGCGCACAGUGUGGCAGUACCACUUCAGAACCUGGCCGGACCACGGCGUCCCUACUGACCCAGGUGGUGUGCUGGACUUCUUGGAGGAGGUCAACCUGAAACAGGAGAGCAUUUUGGACGCAGGACCCAUCACAGUACACUGCAGUGCAGGGAUCGGACGGACGGGGACGUUUAUAGUGAUCGACAUCCUGAUAGAUGUGAUCCGAGAAAAAGGGGUGGACUGUGACAUCGAUGUGCCAAAGACCAUUCAGAUGGUUCGUUCGCAGCGCUCUGGGAUGGUGCAGACUGAGGCGCAGUACAGAUUCAUCUACAUGGCUGUGCAGCAUUACAUAGAAACGUUGCAGAGACGCAUAGAAGAGGAACAGAAAAGUAAAAUUAAAGGACGCGAAUACACCAACAUAAAGUACUCGUUGUCUGACCUAGCCGGUGGAGAGCAGAGCCCUUUACCUCUUUGCUCGCCCAUCCCUACACCCGUCUGCACAGAGAUGAGGGAUGACAGCUCUAGGGUUUAUGAGAACGUGGGCCUGAUGCAACAGCAGAAGACCUUUAGAUGAGAUUUGCCUUUAACUCCAGGACUAUCAGUUCCAGGAUCUGGACAGUUUUUCGCCAGCUACACCUUGACGCCUGAGACUUGACCAUGUAGAACCAUUUUUGGGGGAGGGGCAACACACACACAUAAAAACACACACACAACUACACCACAAAAGCCCAACUAAAACCUGAGGGAGACCAGACGGCCUGCUCAUAAUCUUGUUGCGCUUUCUUCUCGACCAUUUUCCCUCAAGUUGAAUUCUUAACCACUGUGAUCAUCGGAGGAGCCUUGGAGAAGCCAAACACGUCACCCUGCUGAACUCCGGCUCCAGCUCAGCCUUAGGGACGGUACCCAACAAGCGCUGCUGACCGAGCGCACUCUUCUCAGAGGGAAAACCACCCAGCUAACCUUCCCUCAUCUUCUGUAUUGUUCAUUUCUUUUUCCUUAUUAACCAAAGUUAUGUAGAGUAUUUAGAAACGUGUGAGGAGUUUCUUGGAAACGGCCUGAACCAAACAAAUAAGUGAGUUUUCUCUUUUUCUUCAGCUAUUUUUAGCUGCUUUAUGUGAACAGUUAAAAGGUUUUUAACCGGUUAGCCUUUAAUACAGAAAAAGAUGGUGGUUUCUGACUUACAGGCCAAAAGUAACCAUCUAUUAAUGUAUUUAAUGAAAAAAAAAUAUUUCGUAUUAACCUGGAUCUAUAACCCUGUGACUUCUAAAAUGAGGGUUUUGUUUUUAUGGUAGUUGAACCAUCUUAAAUGCACUCGAAUGAAACUUAUUGAGUGUAAAUGUUCUCUUUUUUUUCUGUCUUCUAGUUUACAUAGGCUUUACGAUCUGUCGAUGGAAUUAGCGUGUUUAUUAAUCAUUCCUUAGCUGAAGCCGGUUAUCCUUAACGCUGCACUCUUCUUCAGAAACAGUUUGAGUCUUGAAUCAGCUUUUUAUAAAUGAUCUGAUUUGGGGUUUAGUGAGGAGUCACCACGGCGGCCUGUAUUUCUGUCGCACUCGGUAUGUUGACAUAUUGAGCAUUCAGGGGAAUCUGUUGUGUAUCUCACCUGCAGGCUUUGCCUCAGGUCCAUUUUUUAUUUUAUUUUGUUUUUCAAGUGCAUUUCAUGUUUUUUUCUUUUCAAAGAGAUGCCUGUGUGUACCAUUGCCUUUUUGUGAACACCGCCUAAACUUAAGUUUGAGAGUCACUGUUUAACGAAACGAUUGCACAUCUCUCAGCUUCUAAAACGUAUAUUAGUCACUGUUGUUUAAGUUGGAUUAAUUAGAUUUUUUUUUAAUGCACAUUUAUGUGCAACACAGCUAUAUAACCUUUUAGGGAGACAUUUCAACUUCUAGUGUUUAAAAAGAAAAAGUUUGACAUUUUGUGGAAAGAACUUAUUCAGUUUAUCACACUUGCAUUUAUUUAGUUUUUUGCCUUUUUUUUUUUCUUCUCAAAAUGUAUUCCAGAAUUUAAUGACACCUUAUACGACUUUCCUGGAUUUUCUCACUAACUUAUAAGCAACUCGAUGCUUUUCUUUAAAUCCGGCGUUCCACAUGGCAGCGUCCUUAGCCCGCUUGUUUUUGUUUAUCGAGACCGUUGGAAAACAACAACAAAAUCGGCACCGACUGACCUAAUAAUGAUGGACGCCCGAUAUUGAGCAGGCUACACCAUGACUUAUCCUAAUGUUAAAAAGAAAUAAAAGCCUGGCCUUUAGCAAGCAGGAUAAAGAAAAUUCACCCCGUUAUGUUGAUGGUAGGGCUUAUGAGAGGUUUAGCAGUUUCAGAAAUGCAGAUCCUUUACGUCUGUGGAAACGGUGGUGCCACUCCUUUCAGACGGGCCACUCCGCCCCAGCAGCUACUGUUUAGCUGUUUAGCUAGUUCACCAUGAGCGCAUUUGGAGGGAUAUUGAAGUAAAAAGCAUCUAGAACACACAGGCAAGCUUUGUAAUACUGUCUGUAUAAACUGUUUCAAACUAUAUUAAGAUCAACAUAUAUAGUUACAUCAUUGUGUGUAGUACAUUUCAGCCUACAGUUAGAAACUGACUGAGAAAUGUAGAGCUGUAGUGCAGAUGAGGUUAAAAAUAAGGUGGUUUCAUGAGGAAGUUCUAGUUUCAUAUAUCAGGUUAACAGUCAGCAUCUAUAUACAUAUAGAUGGGUUUUUUUCUGAAGCUUGUGUAAUGAGUUUUUUUCUUCUUUUGAAAUGUCAAAGUCUUCGCAAUCAGCUGUAUUUUGCAGGGCAGUCACCAACUCCCCCCAAGUCAUCUGACUAAGCUCUGCUGCACUCGCUUUUCUAUCGUUCUGCCUUGAGAAACUGCAGUGUUGUGGUUGCAGUUACUGUUACAGUGCUGACUCAGAGCGAGCGAGGGGGAUAGAAAGAGGAAGCUGCUGCAUUCUUUGCCUUCCGAGAAGUUUCUCCACGGCCACUGAUCUGGGACACAACAGCUUCUCUUUAACUUUAGGAAGUCCUCUCUGUUCCAUUCAGUAUUCCAACGCCAUCUUCUGAUAGAGAUGCUCUGUGAUGUGCCGUUAUGUCGGAAGGAGGACUCAGUUCUCGUCUAGUCUCUUCUGGAGUGCUUGCUUUGUGUGUGUUGUGUGCUUGUGUUCUCGGAUGCUUUCCUUGUUUUUUUUUCUUCCUCCUAGAUGAUUACUCUUCUUCAUGAAUCACAAAAGCAAUUUUAAUGCAUAGAGGUGCCUUCUAUGCGUUUGUGUGUAAAACGGCUGUCGAAGCAAACUGCUCCUCAAGCUCCAGCGCCAUCUAAGAACCUGUAACAACUAAAUGUGAAUCCUUUCAUCAUGAACGUGCUGAACAAAAAAAAAAACCUAAAUAAAAACAGGAUCCUGAAGCAAACUAUAUUUUUUAACAUGUAUAUUGUACAUGAACACCAAGUAGAACAGAAUGUACUUACUAAAACAUAUCUACUUGCCAAUAAAAUAUACUGUAUGUAUAUUCCUGCAGCUUUUCUCCCCAUGACACAGGGAGGAACCUCACAGAGCUUAAGAGGUGUAUUGUAUGACUCUCAAUGCAGUUAACCAUGUUAACUUCCGUAACAAUAAACGGCUAACCCAUGCCUUGUUAACGGAC